CGAACGCACACCAACGGAGCCCCUCUUUCAAAUCAGUCAUCAAGUAGUUUUAGUCUUUUGGACUUCAAACUGUUAAGGCUUCAUGUACAGAUUGGAGAGGCGUCGCACAUCCAAGAUGAACAACAAAGCACACCUGCUCGUUUUCUUCAUGAUUAUUACUGGCAUUUGUGUUUUUUGGGGAGACGAAGUCUUACAAUACGUUCCGCCUCAGGAACAAAGGUCCUGUUCUUGUGACCAAUGUUUAUUUGAAAAUGAAACGUUUCCUAUUCAGAAUUUGAGCAGAUUUCCACAACCACUUUUAUCCACGAACUACAAUCUGUCAGAAGAGGAUUUCAACUCGUGGAAGCGCCUACAGCCUGGAGGCGGUAGCAUCAGUGUCUACAGAGAAAAAGUCAAAAAGAUUUUUGAGCGGAUCCCAGCCAACCCUCCUGUUGAAGCUCCCAGGCCUGGCCGCUGCAGGACCUGUGCUUUGGUGGGAAAUUCCAUUAAUUUGUUAGGAUCACAUUACGGACCUCUCAUAGAUUUCCAGGACUACGUCAUAAGAAUUAACAAGGGUCAGACCAAAGGCUUUGAAGCAGAUGUUGGGAACAGAACGACUCAUCGUGUCAUGUAUCCAAACAGUGCUUCUCAGUUAGAUAACACCACUCAUCCAGUGCUGUUCGCAUUCAAGAUACAGGAUCUUCAAUGGAUUAUAAAGAACCUCAGCACACAACAGUCUGGACAAAAAUCCUUAUUCAACAAGGAUUUGGCGAUGGUCCUUAACCCAGCUUUCAUGAGGAAUAUUCAUGACGUGUGGCUGAAGAAGAAAGGCUACUGUCCCUCCACCGGCUUCUUGGCUUUGGUUCUUGUCCUGCACAUCUGUGACGAGGUCCAUGUGUUUGGUUUUGGAGCAGAUAGGAACGGAAACUGGAGUCAUUACUGGGAAAGACUCGCUAACAGAAGACUAAGAACUGGAAGACAUCCUGGAAAUGUAGAGUAUAAAAUGAUUGAGGAGCUAACCAGGCAUAACGUAAUCAAAUUCUAUAAGGGGUGGUAAAGAUUAUUCUUCUUCUCAGAUCAACUGCGAUAACAGAACUGAACUGUGGGUUGUCAGUCUUUGUGUUGAUGUUGGUGUUUGUCAUUGGAGGAUCCCAGAUAUACAAACUUUUCUCUGCUUAUUUUUAUUUAUUGUGUGGUAUUUCUGGACUUUAAAUAAUUAAAGAAAAGGUGGCCUUUGGAAAGUUCUUAGUAGAAGUGCAUGAAGGUACAGUUUUUAUAAGGUCAUAUGGCACAAUUUUACAAGAAGGGUCCAUUUGUAUUCAUACCGUAUCAGUUUUGAAGAUGUAUGUGUUACUGUUAGUAAAAGACACGAUGAAAUAUCAAUCUAGAUCUAAAGACAGGUGCUAUAUAGAUUAUAUGAACAACUGAAGAGGCUGCAUGACUGUGACAACGAUAUUCUAAUGAGUAAUUUAGACCAAAUGUUGUGGAUGAAAAUGAGCCAAAUGUAUUCUUGCUUAAAUAAAACAAAAAAACUUAAGGAAAAGGUGAAGGAAACUGGACUUUAUAAAAUGU